AAACUCUACAUUUCUUUAAUAUUUUGAAUGGAGUAUAAAGGUUAGUUCCACCAUUUCCAGAUUAAACAUUCAUAAACCUAAACCAUGGCAUUAACAUUAAUCUUCAUCAUCUUCACCAUCUUUCUUUCACCAACCAAAGCAGAAAACAUCAAACUAUUUAGAGAAUACAUAGGAGCAGAAUUCACUAACGUCAAAUUUUCAGAUUUACCCAUCAACCCAAAUCUUCAAUUUGAUUUCAUUCUUUCUUUCGCAAUCGAUUACACAAAUUCAACAUCAUCCCCAACUCCCACAAAUGGCAAAUUCAACGUCUUUUGGGACACUAUAAAUCUCUCUCCUACCCAAGUUUCCUCCAUUAAAAACAAACACCCAAAUGUUAGAGUUGGGUUAAGCUUAGGAGGUGAUAGUGUCUCCAACAACCCAGCUUAUUUCCAGCCAAAAUCAAUCAAUUCCUGGGUUUCCAACGCUGUUUCUUCAUUGACGCAUAUCAUCGAACACUUUAAGCUCGAUGGUAUCGACAUCGAUUAUGAGCAUUUCAAAGGCGAUCCUGAUACUUUUGCUGAAUGUAUUGGACAAUUGAUAUCGAUACUUAAGCGAAAAGGGUUGGUGAAAUAUGCAUCAAUUGCUCCAUUUGAUGAUCAAGAUGUACAAAUUCAUUACCAAACUUUGUGGAAGAAAUAUGGGCAUGUUAUAGACUAUGUUAAUUUCCAGUUUUAUGCAUAUGAUAAUAGUACAACAAUUCCUCAGUUUAUUGAUUAUUUUGAGCAACAAAGAAAGAAUUAUAAAGGGGGUAAGAUUUUAACAAGUUUUAUUAGUGAUGGUAGUAAAGGAUUAGCUCCUGGAAAAGGGUUUUUCUCAGCUUGUGAAAUGCUCAAGAAAAGGCAACAACUUUUUGGGAUUUUUGUUUGGUGUGCUGAUGAAUCUAAGAAUCUGGGUUUUCGAUAUGAGAAACAGAGUCAAAAUUUGCUAGCUUCUCUUUGAUUUCAUUAUAGUUUUCAUUUGAUUAGCUUUUGAGUUAUGGUAAUUUAAUAUAGUGUACUUCUUAUGUAGUAAGUCAUUAGUUGUAUGUGUUACUUAUGUAAGUGUGUUUAUGUUACAUAACGUAGUCGCUUAUUACUCAAUGUACUCCAUAUUACUUUAAAUCUUUAAUCCUCUCUAUUUAUUGAAAUAUAUAUUAGUCAAUGAAA